AAGUCUCAGUCAUUUACAGAUGCUAUCCAGUCCAGCCUGCUCCUGGAUGGAGAGUCCGUGUACAGCUUGGUGGUUAACCCUUUUCUCCUCCUGCUGGCCAGGGUAAUCCUCACCAAGUGCUCUGCCAAGAUGGACAGCCUCCAGCUGAUGCCCUGGUGGACGCUCCGCUACAUCAACCUGCACCAGCAGAUCCUGGAGGCCCGUUCUCCUCAGCUUCUUGAUUUGGCCCACAGCUGCAUGGACAAAGUGCUGAGAUGCCAGCCUGUAUUGUCAGAGCAGAGGAACCUGGCUAUCCAGUUCCACCUGGAGUGUGCCUACACCAGUCUGACCUACUAUGAGUACCAGCCAGCCAAGAACCAUAUCAAAAAGGCCCAGGAGCUCUCUGGGCUCAGCAUCAACAUGACUGGUGCUCUUGGCAAGCGCACUCGUUUCCAGCAGACGUUCUUGGCUCAGCUCAUCCUUGAGGUCAAAAGAGAGCAGGAGGAUCAGAGGGUCGAUGAGGCCAGUCCCACCCCAUCACCRCAGACCAGCCUACCUAAAGAUUACCAUCUGGGUGAUGACACAGUGUUGGAUCAGAUCAAUUUAGCCGAGCCGGAUCAGUACCAGCUGCCUGACCUGAGUGCUGAGGAGCAGGCCCUUAUCCUGGGCAUCUGCACUGACUUUCAGAAGAACAACCCAGUUCACAAACUAACAGAAGAGGAAUUAUUGGCCUUCACAUCUUGUAUUCUGUCUCAGCCAAAGUUCUGGGCCGUGGAGGUCACAGCGCUUUGCCUCAGGACCAAACUGGAAAAGGGAAGAUCUCGGUGCGUGGAGAGAGCCAUGAUGCAAACCCAGGCGAUAGUGGACCACUUUGAAGACAAAAGCUGUCCUGUGACAGAGCGCCUCAAAGUCUUCUACUGCUGCCAAGUCCCACCCAGAUGGGCCAUUCAGAAACAGCUGGCCAGCCUGCUCAUAGACCUUGGCUGCACCAGUUCAGCUCUGCUGCUUUAUGAAAAGCUGCAGCUCUGGGAGGAUGCAGUUAUCUGCUACGAGAGACUCGGCCAACAUGGAAAGGCUGAGGAGAUCGUGCGCAGAGAGCUGGAGAAGAAGGAGACRCCGAGUCUCUACUGUUUACUCGGGGACAUCUUGAACAAUCAUCAGCACUACGACAGGGCGUGGGAGCUGUCGGGCCAACGAAGUGCCAGAGCCAUGCGCUCCAAAGCCCUGCUGCACCUCCGCAGCAAGGAGUUCCAGCAGUGUGUCGACUGUUUCGAGAAGUCGCUGAAAAUCAACACCAUGCAGCUUGGUGUGUGGUUUUCCCUCGGAUGCGCCUACUUUGCUCUGGAGGGCUAUGAGGGAGCUGCCAAGGCUUUCCAGAGGUGUGUGGGACUCGAGCCAGACAAUGCUGAGGCGUGGAACAACCUCUCUACAGCUUACAUUCGCCUCCAGAUGAAAAACAAAGCGUUCCGGACGCUGCAGGAGGCUCUGAAGUGUAACUAUGAACACUGGCAGAUCUGGGAGAACUUCCUGGUUGUCGGCACCGACGUCGGAGACUUUGGUGAAGCCAUCAAGGCGUACCACCGUCUCAUGGAUCUGAGGGAAAACUACAAAGACAUCCAGAUUCUGCAGAUUCUGGUCAGGGCCGUGGUGGAGAACUUGACCGACAGCCAGGGCGUUCUGGCGGGAGUCUUGGCGCCCAAACUGAAGGAGCUUUUUGGUCGAGUCAGUUCACGGCACAGCAGCGACGCUGAGAUUUGGAGGCAGUACGCCCAGCUGUAUGGUGGAGGCCUCGGAGCCGACCCAGGGGACAACGAAAAGGCUCUGGGGUUCCUCUCCAAAGCUCAUCGCUGUGAGGUUCAAACAGGCGGCUGGGAGAAAGACCCUUUCCUGUUCAAGGAGGUGAUCCAAAGAGCCAUCCACCUGGGAGAAGUGACAAUUAGCUGCAGCGAGAGAAAGAGUCAUCCAUCAGAAGCUCUUCAGAUGCUGUCCUCCGCCCGCCUCAGCCUCAGGAGUCUGACCACUAAAGCUAAGCAAAUGCACACAGAUGURGCCACAGGUCAGGUCCAUGCUGAGCUGCAGGAUGGCGUCGCUGCUCUGGAGCGGCUCAUCGCCGAGCUGCAGGAGCUGAGCGGGAAGCUGCGCAACCAAUCCCAGUGACCCCACCCAGAAACCCCUGUUCUCACUUACAUGUUGACUCUCCAUCAGUCCUAAGCAUAUCUGUAAUCAUGAAGUUUUUUAUAUUUACAAUAAAAUAUCAACAAUAACUGUAAAACAUCAAGAAGUAAAAUAUCUUAACAGUUAAA